CCAUCGUUACCCACAGUGAUAUGAGACCAUUCCCUCUUUUUUUUUUCUUUUUCUGUAUAUAAAUACAUGCUUUUAAUUGAACACUUCUUUCAUCUCUUUUUCUUUACUUUUUAUCAUCAUCUUUUUUUUGCAAACGUAUAAUAAGCCAGAAAAAUGAAUGCUCCCGAUUCAUUUGAAAAGCAAAUUGAUGUAGCUGUUUCUUAUGAUGGCUAUUAUCCAGCCCCAUAUUCCCCAUCAACAACAGCAUCAUCCUCAUGCUAUUCAACCCCAUCAUCAUCUAAUAAGAAAAGUUUGACUAAGGAAGAAACCGUAGAGAUUGUUCGCAAACUGUAUCCUCUUACAAUGGAAAAUGUCUCCAAAGUAGAGUUAGCUGACCCGUCAAGUAUGCCACUUGCACGUUACUGUAGCGAGAUGGGAACACCCGAAGCCAUCUAUGCACCUUUUACGCCUUCCGCAAGAAAAAUGUUGCGAAGACCACAAGAAGUUUUGGAAUCACCUCGCGUAUUACCAUUUCCAUAUCACAAUGACUCUUAUUUCUUACCAACAGCCGAACAUGACUAUCCUGGCGGAUUAACCGCUACCGAUGCUUCUUCAUCAAUUGUCAGUCUUUCUGUUCAUACCAUGGGGUCACGUCAGCACCUGUCUAGCAAUUCAACAAGCACCAGCCUCUAUCACCCUCAUCAUCAACAGCGUGGGUAUCAACGCCAGUUGCUGUCAUGUCCCCCCAAGUCGCACUUCUAUUCCCAAAAGAGAUACGAUGAUGACAAUAUGAGUAAUUAUAGUAAUAAAAGAAGGGCUGUGAGCGUUACACCAUCGUCGCCUUCAACCUUGCGAGAGGAAACCUUUGUCGCACCAAAGAAGCGCCGUGGUCACAAUAAAUUUGCAUUUAAAUUUAAACAGAAUUUGCUUCGAUUCAAGUCCAACAAUUCGACCAUUUUGGAAACGACUCAUCACUGUAACCGGUUACAGCACCCUUUGUCAUCUUCCGCUUCUAUUAUAUCCAACACACUCAUUUUAACAAACGAUACAACUACUACAAAGGUCAAGCAACAAAGAUAUGAAUCCUUGCAAUACAAUACAGCACCAGUGAAUAAUGGUCCCUGGUAUGAGAAACUCUGGAAGUUGAUCAAACCUACAACUCUUGUAAAAAAAAAUAGUAAAUCUCCAAAGACUGUCUGGUACAGUCAAUUCAGAUGCAACCCUCCUCCCCCAGUUGAUAUUAAUUUACUUUCCUAAAUUGUACAGCAAUACCCUGUAAAAGAAAAAGAAAAAGAAAAGCUAAUACCGUUUGAUAUGUUAUCGCUCUUUUUUUCUUCCUCUUUUGUUAUAAAUAUACACACGCCCACAAUCUCUCCUUUAAAUUAUAUAUUCGUCUUCUCAUUCAGUUUUUUCCUUCCUUGUAUUACUUGCACCCAGGAAACCCACUAACUGUACACACACGCACACAUAAUCUUUUUUUCUAAAAAAAAAAAUCCUACUCUAUAUCAUAAAUCCCUUUGAAAUAUACUCUCUUUUUUCAAUCAUACAAAAAUAAAUUUGUUCUUAUUAAAACUUCA